AUAAAGUAAGAAAUUUAACCAAUCAACAGAGAAAGAAAACUGCCUGCAUUGGACAGAUCACUGAUGUUUUUUUUUUCACUGUAAACAAAGCUGAGCUCAUUAUCACAGGACCUUCUAUGAAGAGAGAGAACUUUCUGCUUCUCCUGUUUCUUCUGAGCUGACAUUCCUGAUUAUUGAUUUGGAUUGCUGGUCUUCCCUAAGCAUGGUUUCCAACUCUCUCACUUGUAGUGAGACUCAAGCUCUUCUUCUAUUUCUCACGCUCAGUAAAUCUAUCUCCAAAUAAAAAACGUGCCAGCACUUAAGGCAAAACACGUAUACAGGACAGUGAGAAACAUUUUGCUAGACGGCAUAUAACUCUGUGGUCUUUUUCUAGCUACUUAUUCACUUCCAAACCGCUAGGUGGUGACAAAGCUUAUUCAAGGUGGUUACCGACGAAAAAGAAAAACUGAAAAAGAACUUUUCUUUCGGGUCUCCGGCAGCUGCUUACACAUGAAUUGACACUGUCUCAGUAAUGUCAACGAAGCCAGAAGAUAUGAAAGAUGCCCCGGAUGAGGGGUUCGGAGCCUUCGUGGUGCUGCACGGUGGGGCCCUGCAAUCCUCAGGGGUCCCUCAGGUCUACUGGAGGAGCCUCUAUCUCAAGCUCACUAACGAGCUUUAUGAUGCUGGGGAGGUUUUUGGAAUAAUGCAGCUCCAGCGGGAGGAAGAGGAAGAACGCGGGGAAGAUGAGGAGAGGAAAAAUGACACUCCUGGAGUGAUGAUCGGUUGUAAAGUGGUUGUUACCCGGGAAAGCGGACUGCGAGUCUCAGAUCCAACCAGCAUUUUUCUGGUUGAUCAUGCUUGGACGUACCGUGUGGAGCAUGCUAGGCAGCAGCUGGAGCAGAUUCCUGGACUUUUGCCCAGGAUGGCCUCCCUCAUGGGGGUUGACUUCCAUGGUGAGGUCCCUACUCCAGACAUAGUGGAGUUAAUAUUGGAGCGCAUGUGGAACUACAAUCAGACUUAUCAGCUGUCCCAGGGGUCAGCAGAGGAAAAGGUUCCUGUGUGGUAUAUCAUGGAUGAGUUUGGCUCCCAAGUGCAACACUCAGACCAUCCCAGCUGCUGUAUGGCCCCCUUCUUUUACAUCCAGGGUCAGCUGGCCUACACUCUGCUCUGGCCUCUGCGAGAUCUGCAAGAAGGAGAUGAAGUAACCCACGAUUACGCAUAUGGGGAAACCAACCCACUGCUGAGGCGAUGCCGAUUAUUACCCUGGAUAAAUGAUGAUCUGGAAGAAGUGAGCAGUGACAUCACAGAGCCAACAGACUCGUACUAUGAGGCCAUUGCACGAGAGAACAAGGAACAGCUUCCUGUGGAAGUCCAACCUCCCAUCGUUGCUAAAGACAAAAUCCUCAAAGUCUUCACUGAAAUGUCCCAAGUAAGAAAAAACCUGACACAUCCUUGUUUCCUUCUGACGGAAGAAGAGGAGGAGGCUGAUAUCAUUUGGAGUUAUGAUCACAUCAAGGACUUCAGAAAAUUGAGUGAAGAGCAGCCCCACGUCAUGCUGAACCAGUUCCCUUGUGAAAGCAUAGUGACUGUGAAGGACUGUCUGGCUGCUGUGGCUCGCAGGGUUAAAGGUGGUCCGAGCCCUGAUUGGCUUCCAGAGACCUUCAACCUGCAGACGGAGCUCCCACAGUUCAUCAAACAUUUUCGUCUGAGACAACACAGGGGAGAAGAUAACCACUGGAUCUGUAAGCCAUGGAAUUUGGCCCGUGGACUGGACACACACAUCACCAAUAAUCUGAACUACAUAAUCAGACAGAGAGAGAGCACACCAAAGGUGGUGUGUAAGUACCUUGAGGAUCCAGUGCUGUUCAGCAGAGAGGAGGUGGGAAUGGUGAAAUUUGACAUUCGCUACAUGCUGAUGCUGCGCUCUGUGCAGCCUCUGCGUCUCUAUGUCUAUGAUGUAUUCUGGCUGCGCUUUGCCAACAGGCCGUUCUCCUUGGAUCAUUUUGAUGAUUACCAAAAGCACUUCACUGUCAUGAACUAUACAGAAGGAGUGCAGCUCAAACAGGUACACUAUAAUGAGUUCAUCCCCAUGUUUGGGAAGCAGUACCCUCAAUAUCCAUGGAAAGAUGUGGAAGCAAGCUUUUUUAAAGCUUUCAAGGAACUCUUCCAAGCCGCUUCAUCUCGACCAGCUCCGUAUGGUAUCUGUCCCUAUCCGUUAUCCCGGGCCAUAUAUGCUGUAGACCUCAUGCUAAAGUGGUGUCCAGGGAAAAAUGGUGAGCGGAUCAUGCAGCCUCAGAUCCUGGAGUUGAACUUUAGCCCAGAUUGUGCCCGGGCUUGCCUCUAUCAUCCUGACUUCUACAACCACAUGUUUCAGACACUGUUCCUAGAUCAGCCUGAGGACUGCCCUGUCACACAGAUAGUAUGAACAAUGUUUCACCAAAGAAGACUCUUUAUUGUUGAAGCUUUUAUAAGCACCUGCUUUUUCAGUAUUUUACCUGGUUGGCUAUCAACAUUGCAAUGUUAUUUGUCUAUCAGUCAUAAGGCUUCCUGAGAAAGUGGAGGUCUGCAUGUUGUUUUGUUUGCAAAAUUUAAAAUCUUACUCGGGUAGAUAAGUGACACACAUGUACCAACUGGACGGACUAAAACCAAAAUAAAUUGGAACCAUAUUUUGAAAA